AUGGCCGAAGCACGUCGGAUUAAAGGUUUUAAACAAACCCUAAAAACGCACGGCGCAUCGCUUAACGCACUUGCCACGUUCAGCAUCGAUUACAACCGCGAUACUCAAAGUGGUGAAGUGGAAGUGCGCUUUAAACACCUAGAAGCGUUGUGGUCAAAGGUGGAAGCCAUCCAAGAACAACUCGAUGCAAGCGAUGAGGAAGGAUACAACGAAAACCUCACCGUAUAUGCAGAGAUGGAGCAGCUGUACUACCAAGCAUACAGUUUCCUCUCGUCAGAGGUCAAACAACAGGUUAAGCAGCUUCCGGUAACUUCAUCUUCCACACCUGCGGUUCCACAGAUGCGCCUUCCGAAAUUAUCACUCCCUGUGUUCGACGGCAAAUACGAAAACUGGCUGAACUUUCAUGACUCGUUCAUGUCAAUGGUUCAUAACGCGCCAGGGCUGUCAAACAUCCAGAGAUUUCAUUAUCUUCGCGUGUCACUAACCAACACGGCCUUACAACUUGUUCAAGGCAUAAGCAUCAGCGAGGAAAACUACUCCAUCGCAUGGGAGCUGCUGCUGAAGCAUUACAAUGAUCCUAACAGACUAAAGGCCAAACAUGUCGAGCAACUUUUCGAAUACACGGCACUGAAGCGAGAGUCGGCUGCAGAACUUCGUACGUUGGUGGAGAAAUUUGGAAUCAACGUAAAGGUAUUGAAACAGCUUGGUGAACCAACGGAGCAUUGGGACACUUUGCUUGUCUUUAUGCUGAGCCGCAGUCUCGAUCCCAAGACUCGCAGAGAUUGGGAAGAACACAUUUCUUCGGAUGUCAAGAUAAGCUUUGCAGAAUUAACAAAUUUCAUCCUACGACGGGCCUUAGUGCUAGACAAGAUACCAGCAAAAGCAGAGAUUCCAACUCCCAAGAAAGGCAUCCAACGUCCACUAGCCAGCAACACCGUUACCAAGUCGUACCGUAAAUGUGCAUCUUGUGAAGGAGAUCAUCUCAUCUACUCUUGCGUGCAGUUCAGCCAACUACCCUUAGCAGACAAGGAAACCAUAGUUCGAAACGGUCAACUAUGUCGGAACUGUUUGCGACCCGGGCAUGUCUCCAACAACUGCAAAUCAUCAAGCAAUUGCCGUUCUGCUGGUGGUAACAACCAACAUCGUCCUACUUUCGCGAACCGUAACACGAAUCCUCCACCCUCAUCAUCGAAUGCACCGGGUGUCGAGUCGAUUAGCUGUCACUAUCGACCUCCCUACCGCUCGCAUUGA